UGGGUUUGGGACAGAGGCGCCGGAUCUGUGGUCGCGGCUGGGGACGUGCGCCGGCGCCACCAUCUUCGGCUGAAGAGGCAAUUGCUCUCGGAUCCUUUUGUUUACAAUGGCGCAGAGAACUGGAGUGGAGGACCCAGAGAGGUAUCUCUUUGUGGACAGGGCUGUCAUCUACAACCCUGCCACUCAAGCUGACUGGACAGCCAAAAAGCUAGUGUGGAUCCCAUCAGAACGCCAUGGUUUUGAGGCAGCUAGUAUCAAGGAAGAACGGGGAGAUGAAGUUCUGGUGGAGUUGGCGGAGAAUGGAAAGAAAGCAAUGGUCAACAAAGAUGACAUUCAGAAGAUGAACCCACCUAAGUUCUCCAAGGUGGAAGAUAUGGCAGAGUUGACAUGCUUAAAUGAAGCUUCGGUUUUGCAUAACCUGAAGGAUCGCUACUAUUCAGGACUUAUCUAUACCUGUCAGUUUUUGCUCAUGCCAGAACUAUGUUAUCACAUGUAUACAGAUGUAGAACUUUUUAUCAUUCUGGUGAAUCAUGUGAAACGGGCUUCAAUUUCAGUAAUGCCUCCUACAAAGUUGACAAAGCUGACUUCAAAUCAUAAUCCUCUGUAUCGUAAGACUUCAAAUCGUAACCCUCUGUAUCAUCGUGAGGACCAGUCAAUUCUUUGCACGGGUGAAUCGGGUGCUGGGAAGACAGAAAAUACCAAGAAAGUCAUUCAGUACCUUGCCCAUGUUGCUUCUUCACAUAAAGGAAGAAAGGACCAUAAUAUUCCUGGGGAACUUGAACGGCAGCUUUUGCAAGCAAAUCCAAUUCUGGAAUCAUUUGGAAAUGCGAAGACUGUGAAAAAUGAUAAUUCAUCUCGUUUCGGCAAGUUCAUUCGAAUCAACUUUGAUGUAACUGGCUACAUCGUUGGGGCCAACAUUGAAACCUACCUUCUGGAAAAGUCUCGUGCUGUUCGUCAGGCAAAGGAUGAGCGUACUUUUCAUAUCUUUUACCAGCUGCUGUCUGGAGCAGGAGAGCACCUGAAAUCCGACUUACUCCUGGAAGGAUUUAGUAACUACAGAUUUCUCUCCAAUGGCUACAUUCCCAUUCCGGGCCAGCAGGACAAGGAUAACUUUCAGGAGACCAUGGAAGCCAUGCACAUAAUGGGCUUCUCCCACGAAGAGAUUCUGUCAAUGCUUAAAGUUGUAUCCUCAGUGCUACAGUUUGGAAAUAUUUCUUUCAAAAAGGAGAGAAAUACAGAUCAAGCUUCUAUGCCGGAAAACACAGUUGCACAGAAGCUGUGCCACCUGCUUGGGAUGAAUGUGAUGGAGUUUACUCGGGCUAUCCUCACCCCCCGCAUCAAAGUGGGCCGGGACUAUGUGCAGAAAGCCCAGACCAAAGAACAAGCAGAUUUUGCAGUAGAAGCAUUGGCGAAGGCUACCUAUGAGCGACUCUUUCGCUGGCUCGUUCACCGUAUCAAUAAAGCUCUGGAUAGGACCAAACGACAGGGAGCAUCUUUCAUUGGAAUCCUGGAUAUUGCUGGAUUUGAGAUUUUCGAGCUGAACUCCUUCGAGCAGCUGUGCAUCAACUACACCAACGAGAAGCUGCAGCAGCUGUUCAACCACACCAUGUUCAUCCUGGAGCAGGAGGAGUACCAGCGCGAGGGCAUCGAGUGGAACUUCAUCGACUUUGGCCUGGACCUGCAGCCCUGCAUCGACCUCAUCGAGAGGCCUGCCAACCCUCCUGGUGUGCUGGCCCUUCUGGAUGAAGAGUGCUGGUUCCCUAAAGCCACAGAUAAAACCUUUGUUGAAAAGCUGGUUCAAGAGCAAGGUUCCCACUCCAAGUUUCAGAAACCUCGGCAACUUAAAGACAAAGCUGACUUUUGCAUUAUACAUUAUGCAGGAAAGGUGGACUACAAGGCAGACGAGUGGCUGAUGAAGAACAUGGACCCCCUGAACGACAACGUGGCCACCCUACUGCACCAGUCGUCAGACAGAUUUGUCGCCGAGCUUUGGAAGGAUGUGGAUCGUAUUGUGGGUCUGGAUCAGGUCACUGGAAUGACUGAGACAGCUUUUGGCUCCGCAUAUAAAACCAAGAAGGGCAUGUUUCGGACCGUUGGGCAACUCUACAAGGAGUCCCUCACCAAGCUGAUGGCAACUCUCCGGAACACCAACCCCAACUUCGUUCGCUGCAUCAUUCCCAAUCACGAGAAGCGGGCUGGAAAACUGGACCCACACCUUGUGCUGGAUCAGCUGCGUUGUAACGGCGUCCUAGAAGGAAUCAGGAUCUGCCGCCAAGGUUUCCCCAACCGGAUAGUAUUCCAGGAAUUCAGACAGAGAUAUGAGAUCCUAACUCCAAAUGCUAUUCCUAAAGGUUUUAUGGAUGGUAAACAGGCCUGUGAACGAAUGAUCCGAGCUUUAGAACUGGAUCCAAACUUGUAUAGAAUUGGGCAGAGCAAGAUAUUUUUCAGAGCUGGAGUUUUGGCACACUUGGAAGAAGAAAGAGAUUUGAAAAUCACGGACAUCAUUAUCUUCUUCCAGGCUGUCUGCAGGGGUUACCUAGCCAGAAAGGCCUUUGCCAAGAAGCAGCAACAACUUAGUGCCUUAAAGGUCUUACAGAGGAACUGUGCCGCAUACCUGAAGCUGCGGCACUGGCAGUGGUGGCGGGUCUUCACAAAGGUAAAGCCUCUCCUACAAGUGACUCGCCAGGAGGAAGAACUUCAGGCCAAAGAUGAGGAACUGCUGAAAGUGAAGGAGAAGCAGACGAAGGUUGAAGGGGAACUUGAGGAGAUGGAGAGGAAGCACCAACAGCUUUUGGAAGAGAAGAAUAUCCUUGCAGAACAACUCCAAGCAGAGACUGAGCUCUUCGUUGAAGCAGAGGAGAUGAGAGCAAGACUAGCUGCAAAAAAGCAGGAGCUGGAGGAGAUUCUGCACGACCUAGAGUCCAGGGUGGAAGAAGAAGAAGAAAGAAAUCAGAUUCUCCAGAACGAAAAGAAAAAAAUGCAAGCACAUAUUCAGGACCUAGAAGAACAGCUGGAUGAGGAAGAAGGAGCUCGGCAGAAACUGCAGCUGGAGAAAGUGACGGCAGAGGCCAAAAUCAAGAAGAUGGAAGAGGAGAUUCUCCUUCUCGAGGAUCAGAAUUCCAAAUUUAUCAAAGAAAAGAAACUCAUGGAAGAUCGCAUUGCUGAAUGCUCCUCUCAGCUGGCUGAAGAGGAAGAAAAAGCUAAAAACUUGGCCAAAAUCAGGAAUAAGCAAGAAGUAAUGAUCUCCGAUUUAGAAGAACGCUUGAAGAAGGAAGAGAAGACUCGGCAGGAACUAGAAAAGGCCAAAAGGAAACUGGAUGGUGAGACAACGGAUCUACAGGACCAGAUUGCCGAGCUCCAGGCUCAGAUCGAUGAGCUCAAGAUCCAGCUGGCCAAGAAGGAGGAGGAGCUGCAGGGCGCCCUGGCCAGAGGUGAUGAUGAGACACUGCACAAGAAUAACGCACUCAAAGUUGUACGUGAGCUCCAAGCUCAAAUUGCCGAACUCCAAGAAGACUUUGAGUCCGAGAAGGCUUCACGGAACAAAGCAGAAAAGCAGAAAAGGGACUUAAGUGAGGAGCUGGAAGCUCUGAAAACCGAGCUCGAGGACACUCUGGACACCACGGCGGCUCAGCAGGAACUACGCACAAAACGUGAACAGGAAGUGGCCGAGCUAAAGAAGGCUCUCGAGGAAGAAACUAAGAACCAUGAAGCACAAAUUCAGGACAUGAGACAGAGACAUGCAACAGCCCUGGAAGAGCUUUCUGAGCAACUGGAGCAAGCUAAAAGGUUCAAAGCAAAUCUGGAGAAGAACAAGCAGGGCCUGGAGACGGACAAUAAAGAGCUGGCGUGUGAGGUGAAGGUGCUGCAGCAGGUCAAGGCUGAGUCUGAGCACAAGAGGAAGAAGCUGGACGCCCAGGUCCAGGAGCUCCAUGCCAAGGUCUCAGAAGGCGACAGACUCAGGGUGGAGCUGGCCGAGAAAGCCAAUAAGCUACAGAACGAGUUGGAUAAUGUCUCAACCCUUCUGGAAGAAGCGGAGAAGAAGGGCAUUAAGUUUGCUAAAGAUGCGUCUAGUCUGGAGUCACAACUACAGGACACCCAGGAGCUGCUUCAGGAGGAGACACGCCAGAAGCUGAACCUGAGCAGUCGGAUCCGGCAGCUGGAAGAGGAGAAGAAUAGCCUUCAAGAGCAGCAGGAGGAGGAGGAGGAGGCCAGGAAGAACCUGGAGAAGCAGGUGUUGGUCCUGCAGUCCCAGUUGGCUGAAACAAAGAAGAAAGUAGAUGAUGACUUAGGAACAAUCGAGAGUUUGGAAGAAGCUAAAAAGAAGCUUCUUAAGGAUGUAGAGGCCCUGAGCCAGCGCCUGGAGGAGAAGGCCCUGGCCUAUGACAAGUUGGAGAAGACCAAGAACCGGCUGCAGCAGGAGCUUGAUGACCUGACAGUGGACCUGGACCACCAGCGCCAGAUCGUCUCCAACUUGGAGAAGAAGCAGAAGAAGUUUGACCAGCUCCUAGCAGAGGAGAAGAACAUCUCUGCCCGCUAUGCAGAAGAGAGGGACCGGGCUGAAGCAGAGGCCAGAGAGAAAGAAACCAAAGCCCUGUCCCUGGCCCGGGCCCUGGAGGAAGCCCUGGAGGCCAAGGAGGAGUUUGAGAGGCAGAACAAGCAGCUCCGUGCAGACAUGGAGGACCUGAUGAGCUCCAAAGACGAUGUGGGCAAGAACGUUCAUGAACUUGAGAAAUCCAAGCGGGCCCUGGAGCAGCAAGUGGAGGAAAUGAGGACCCAGCUGGAAGAGCUGGAGGACGAACUCCAGGCCACGGAAGACGCCAAGCUCCGCCUGGAGGUCAACAUGCAGGCCAUGAAGGCCCAGUUCGAGAGGGACCUGCAAACCAGAGAUGAGCAGAAGGAAGAAAAGAAGCGGCUGCUGAUUAAACAGGUGCGAGAACUCGAGGCCGAACUAGAGGAUGAGCGCAAACAGCGGGCACUUGCUGUGGCUGCGAAGAAGAAGAUGGAGAUCGACCUGAAGGACCUGGAAGCUCAGAUUGAGGCUGCAAACAAAGCUCGGGAUGAAGUGAUCAAGCAGCUCCGCAAACUCCAGGCUCAGAUGAAGGAUUAUCAGCGUGAAUUAGAAGAGGCCCGAGCAUCCCGAGAUGAGAUUUUUGCUCAGUCCAAAGAGAGUGAAAAGAAACUGAAGAGCCUGGAAGCAGAAAUCCUUCAACUGCAGGAGGAGCUGGCCUCGUCCGAGCGUGCCCGCCGCCACGCCGAGCAGGAGCGAGACGAGCUGGCUGAUGAGAUCGCCAACAGCGCUUCUGGCAAGUCUGCACUGCUGGAUGAGAAGCGGCGACUGGAGGCUCGGAUCGCACAGCUGGAGGAGGAGCUGGAGGAGGAGCAGAGCAACAUGGAGCUGCUCAAUGACCGCUUCCGCAAGACCACUCUGCAGGUGGACACACUGAACACAGAGCUGGCAGCCGAGCGCAGCGCUGCCCAGAAGAGUGACAACGCACGUCAGCAGCUGGAGCGGCAGAACAAGGAGCUGAAGGCCAAACUGCAGGAGCUGGAGGGGGCCGUCAAGUCCAAGUUCAAGGCCACUAUCUCAGCCCUGGAAGCCAAGAUCGGGCAGCUGGAGGAGCAGCUGGAGCAGGAAGCCAAGGAACGAGCCGCAGCCAACAAACUAGUCCGUCGUACAGAGAAGAAGCUGAAAGAAAUCUUCAUGCAGGUGGAAGAUGAGCGGAGACAUGCAGAUCAGUACAAGGAGCAGAUGGAGAAGGCGAAUGCCAGGAUGAAGCAGCUUAAACGCCAGCUGGAAGAAGCUGAAGAGGAGGCAACACGCGCCAAUGCAUCUCGGCGUAAACUCCAGCGGGAACUGGACGAUGCCACUGAGGCCAACGAGGGCCUGAGCCGUGAGGUCAGCACGCUCAAGAACCGGCUGAGACGGGGCGGCCCCAUCAGCUUUUCUUCAAGCCGAUCUGGCCGGCGCCAGCUGCACAUCGAAGGGGCCUCCCUGGAGCUGUCCGAUGAUGACACAGAAAGUAAGACCAGUGAUGUGAAUGAGGCGCAGCCGCCGCAGUCGGAGUAGAACAACAGAGAAGGCAGAGGCGGCAACGCAGCAGGACGCACAGGAACUCACCCGGCACUGGUCUGCCUGGGGCCUGCAGGCCUGCCCGGGGCCUCCACCUCCAACAGGUUUAGGAAUCGGCAGGCUCCAGAAUUCCUCGCAGAGAGAUCAACUGUGUCUUAAGGCCUUCCAGCCUGCACAGACAGUAUCCUGCUUCAGAUUAGGUACAAUUGCUCCCCUUUUUAUAUAUAUACCUACCCAGCACACCUGUUAAACAGAUUGUCUCAUCGUUGCAUCUAUUUUCCAUAUAUUCAUCAAGAGACCAUUUUAUAAUCCAUGUUAAGAAGAGAAUCCUUUUUCAAACCAACUCCAGGCCCUUCGUUGCCAGUCGCUGGGCCGUGGGGACAGCCCCGUGGUUGUGGCUCCGUCGCCCUGCAUGCUCUGUCCUCCAGACAGGUAAUUUAGUUUUGUGUUCACGUGGCCCUGACUCCUCCGCCACAUCCAGUCUCUUAGAACAUUGUGGAAACCUAACCUGCACUCGUAUCUCUCAUUUCCUCCGAAUAAUGAUCACUACUUCAGUGAGCAAACUGUGAAUAGGGCUUUGGAACGAUUGGGAGGGGUGGGCCGGAUUAGAGCAGCAGCAUCUAUUUGGGGCUACCCUGUGCACCUCCCCAGGGGGGAAAGGGGGCCCUCCCCACAUCUCAUGUGAAUGGUCCUUGGCCGGGACCGUCCUCCCUAGGGAGGGUAGUGGCCAUCGCACGGCUGAGGACACUGGGGGCCAUCCCAGUGGCUUCCAGGUGGCCCCCUGGUGUCCCCCUUACCAGUGCCCUCCUCGCCUCAGGAGCCAACAGCCACGGGGCCCCGGGGCCUCAGGCUCGCCAAAGGCCCUCCCCCGCCAGCCAGGCCCUCAUGCUGACCUGGCAAAUUCAGCCACUGCUUUGAGUCCAAAAUGGGAAUCUUGAUUCUGUGUCCGAGGCUUGCUCCAAGUGCGUGCUGAGGUCCUCAAGAACAGACGCCAUCUUCUGGAACACUGACAAUGCCAGUGGGUGUGAAUCCUUCGUUUUCCUUUGCACAGUGUUACAGUGCACACUUUAGCAUUCUGUUUCUUUGGUUGAUAGUUGAGCAAACUGACAUUACAGAAAGUGCCUUAGACACUACAGUACUAAGACAAUGUUAAAUAUAUUAUUUGCCUCUGUAACAAUUUAAUGUAUUCAGUUUUGACUGUGCUUCAUAACAUGUACCUCUCUAGUCAAAGUAGUAUUAUAAACAUUCAGUGACAAUGAAUCAGUGUUAAUGAAAAAAAAAAUCCUUGAUCCUCUGCAAUGUGCUUGAAAACACAAACCUUUUGGGUUAAAAGCUUUAACAUCUGUUAGGAAGAAUUGUCACGUGGGUUUGGAAUCUUGGAUUUCCCCUGGAUGAAUUGUACUGGCUGUUCACCACCAGACACCUGACUGCAAAUAUCUUUUCUUGUAUUCCCAUAUUUCUAGACAAUGAUUUUUGUAAGACAAUAAAUUUAUUCAUUAUAGAUA